CACCUGCCCACUCCCUCCUUGAGUGAGGGACAGAGCCCGAUUCUGGACGGCAUGAGCAGCCCCCUUCCCUCAGAUGUGUCACCCUCAGGCCUCUGUGAGCCCUUCCCUGUUCUGUAUCCACCCUGACCCUCCAUCUCUCUGUUCCAGCACUGUGUGUCUUGCUGACUCUGUUGGAAGAUGGACUCCAGAACACCAGGGCCUUGGCCACCAUGGACUGUGCCUCGUGGUGCCCUCCACACUCCACAUGUGUCAACGCCACUACCUGUCGCUGCCAUCCAGGAUUCGCCUCUUCUGGGGAGGUCGUCACCAGCAUCUUGGAGAGUUGUGAUGACAUCAACGAAUGCAAACCACCUUUGACAGUGUCCUGUGGAAAAUUCGCAGACUGCCAGAAUACGGAGGGGAGCUACUACUGCACAUGCAGCCCAGGAUACGAGCUUAUUUCUGGGGCAACAAAAUUCAGUAAUGAGAGUGAGAACACGUGCCAAGAUAUGGACGAAUGUCAGCAGAACCCUGUGAUCUGUAAGAGCCGCCGCAUCUGUGUCAACCCCCAGGGCAGCAACGCCUGCAAGUGCCCACCAGGGUUUGAGCUCAACCCAAAGUACCCGAAGGUGUGCCAAGAUGUGGAUGAUUGUACCUUGGGGAAAUACCCCUGCCACAAAUCCACCCAGUGCCUCAACAUCGUGGGCAGCUAUGAGUGCCGCUGCCGCCCUGGCUGGAAGCCGAUUUUUGGGUCCCCCAAUGGCCCACAGAAUACCAUCUGUGAAGGUUUGGAGUUCAGAUCCCACACGUCCCAGAACCCACAACUGAAAGCAUCUGAUCACAUAUUCAAUGUCACCCACACCAACCCAGAGAUCUCCUUCCCCACCUGGACCCCGCCCCCUGGAAUCAACAGCUCGAGUCUCUCCCAAUUCUAUAAAAGAGUCCAGGAUCUGCGCAGAAACUUCAGUCCUGCCAGAGCCCAGAACACCAUCCAGGGCAUCAUAAAGGUGGUAGAUGAGCUGCUGGAGACCCCGGGGGACUUGGAUACCCUGCCCCGCUCAGACCAGCACUGUGUGGCCACUAACCUGCUCACUGGCCUUGAAGAUGUCCUCAGAGAGCUGAGCAAGGCCCUGCCCCGUAGGCCAUGGCACUUUCCUGCAGCUGGCGGAACAGAACUGUCCCUGGAGGUGAUGGAUCAAGGAGACAAGAAUAUCACCUUGAGUGUUAAUCAGACAAAAAUGCUGCUGAACUGGGAUACGAUGCAGGACUCAGGUGACUCUGGCACUUCUGUGGUGGGCCUUGUCUCUUCUCCAGGGAUGGGCAAGUUGCUGGCUGAGGCUCCCCUGUUUCUGGAAACUGAGGAACAGGUUGUUAUGCAUGAGACACACAAGGGCAUGCUGCAGGGCAUCUCUCCAGUCAUGCUCUCAGACAUCACAUCCGUCUUUGUGAGCAAUAAGAACACUCAGAACCUCAGCUCCCCAGUCACCUUUGUCUUCAAGCAUUCCAUGACUCCUGGGCCAAGGCAGAAGGUGUUCUGUGUCUUCUGGGAGCAUGGCCAGACAGAAUAUGGUAAUUGGACCAACAAAGGCUGCUGGGUGGCAUUCACCAGUGACUCUAGCACCACCUGCCAAUGCACCCAUCUCAGCAGCUUUGCCAUCCUCAUGGCCCACUAUGAUGUGCAGGAGGAGGAUCCCGUCCUGGCUGUGAUCACCUAUGUGGGGCUGAGCCUCUCUCUGCUGUGCCUCUUCCUGGCAGCCCUCACCUUCCUGCUGUGCAAAGCCAUCCAGAACACCAGCACCUCACUGCACCUGCAGCUCUCGCUCUGCCUCUUCCUGGCCCACCUGCUCUUCCUCACGGCCAUCGACAGAACUGAGCUCAAGGUGCUGUGCGCCAUCAUCGCGGGCGCCUUACACUAUCUCUACUUGGCCUCCUUCACCUGGAUGCUACUGGAGGGCCUGCAUCUCUUCCUCGCUGCACGCAACCUGACUGUGGUCAACUACUCCAGCAUGAGCAAGUUCUUGAAAAAGUUCAUGCUCCCUGUGGGCUAUGGAGUUCCAGCUGUGAUUGUGGCCAUUUCUGCAGCUUCCAGGCCUCACCUUUAUGGAACACCUACCCGCUGCUGGCUCCGCCCAGAAAAGGGAUUUAUAUGGGGCUUCCUUGGACCAGUCUGCGCCAUCCUCGCUGUCAAUCUAUCUCUCUUUCUAAUGACCCUCUGGAUUUUGAGAAGCAAACUUUCUUCUCUCAACAGUGAAGUGUCCACCCUCCAGAAUACAAGGAUGCUGACAUUCAAAGCAAUAGCUCAGCUCUUCAUUUUGGGCUGCACAUGGUGUCUGGGAAUCCUACAGGUAGGGCCAGCUACUCACAUCAUGGCCUAUCUCUUCACCAUCAUCAACAGCCUGCAGGGCGUCCUCAUCUUCUUGGUGUACUGCCUCCUCAGCCAGCAGGUCCGGGAGCAGUACAAGAGAUUGUUCAAAAGGGUCUGCAAAAUCAAAGUGGAGUCUGAGCAGUACACCCUCUCCAGCAGUGUCAUGCCUGAAGCUUCCUAGCCCAGAAGAUGUACAUACUUAAGUAUUAAAGAGAAAUAAGUAUUAGCUAGCAUUUUAGACUUUCUUUAGAAGAAUGCCUGAUAUUUUCAGCACCCUCCACACUGCAAAUCCAGGAAGAAAAAGACAUAACUGUAUGGGAAUAUUCAAGGCAAUGAUUACUAAGCACCACCAGUGGUUUAGAUUUACAAAGUUCUUUUAAAAUUGUUUUUAGACAUAGAAAGUUCUUUUCCUUGUGGUUUCUCACCUCUUCCAUCUUCCAUUAAAUCCCUUAAGUCUUUUUUCCUAUUUAAAGGAGCCUACUAAGCUCCCUGGAAGUCCUACAUUUCUUUCACCUGUUCACACAACCUUCACAAGCACGGGUUUCACUGUUGAAUCUUCUAUCUCCUCUCCAUUUCUCAGCAAAUAUUCUUACCAACUAUUUCACAGAGAAAAUCCAAGUCAUCGCAAUGAUUCUGUGAACUGCACCCAUUCAACCACACCGAGGAACCAUGACCAUGCAUCCUCUCCACAUUGCCGUAUCAUUGACACUAUUUUCCUUCUCUCUGAAGACAACACUUGCGCAUCCACUUUGAA